CCACUCCCCUGAUCCUCCGUUCCGUCCGGUUCGCGGGCGGUUGGCUGAUGCAGCAGCGGGGCCUCGGCCACAACCGCCGCUCCCGCGGCUUCUCCCGCUCCCGCCUCGCCGUCGAGGGCGCCUAAACGCGUGAAUCCACGCCACCCACACCUCAAGCAAAUCUCCUCUCUUCUUCUUCUUCCGCGGGCCGAUAGGCUCGCGUAAAAACUUCUUAACGAAAAUCAAAACAGGGGACGGGAGAUGGACGCCGGCGCCGCCCCCGUGGUAGCCGUUGCGAAUGGGGUCGGGGAGGUGGAGCGGAAGGUUCAGAAGAGCUACUGGGAGGAGCACUCCAAGGACCUCACCGUCGAUGCCAUGAUGCUCGACUCCCGCGCCACCGAUCUCGACAAGGAGGAGCGCCCCGAGGUCCUAUCUUUACUUCCAUCUUAUAAAGGGAAAUCGGUACUGGAGCUUGGUGCUGGGAUAGGACGCUUUACUGGAGAACUGGCAAAGGAAGCUGAGCAUGUCCUAGCACUAGAUUUCAUUGAAAAUGUGAUCAAGAAGAAUGAAAGCAUAAAUGGGCAUAACAAGAACAUAACCUUUAUGUGUGCUGAUGUAACAUCUCCGGAUCUGAAGAUUGAAAAUAAUUCCAUUGAUCUGAUAUUUUCAAACUGGCUGUUGAUGUACCUUUCGGAUGAGGAGGUUGAGAAGCUAGUAGGAAAGAUGGUAAAAUGGUUAAAGGUUGGUGGCCAUAUAUUCUUUAGGGAAUCAUGUUUUCACCAAUCUGGAGAUAACAAAAGGAAAGUGAACCCAACACACUAUCGAGAACCAAGGUUUUAUACUAAGGUAUUUAAAGAGUGUCAUUCCUAUGAUCAAGAUGGAGAUUCUUUCGAACUUUCUCCAGUGACUUGUAAGUGUAUCAGGGCUUAUGUGAAAAACAAGAAAAAUCAAAACCAGCUAUGCUGGUUAUGGGAAAAGGUAAAAUCAACAGAAGACAGAGGAUUCCAGAGAUUCUUGGACAAUGUGCAGUACAAAACAAGUGGAAUAUUACGUUAUGAACGUAUCUUCGGUGAAGGUUUUGUGAGCACUGGUGGAAUCGAGACUACAAAUGAAUUUGUGGGUAGGUUAAAUCUUAAACCUGGGCAGAAAGUACUUGACGUCGGAUGUGGAAUCGGAGGAGGCGACUUUUAUAUGGCUGAAAAUUAUGAUGCCCAUGUUCUUGGUAUUGAUCUUUCCAUUAACAUGGUUUCAUUUGCAAUUGAACGUGCCAUUGGACGCAAGUGCUCGGUUGAGUUUGAAGUUGCUGAUUGCACCACAAAGGAUUAUCCAGAAGAUAGUUUUGACGUCAUCUACAGCCGUGACACCAUCCUUCACAUACAAGACAAACCUGCUUUAUUCAGAAGGUUCUUCAAAUGGCUAAAACCCGGGGGCAAAGUCCUAAUCAGUGAUUACUGUAAGAACCCUGGGAAACCGUCAGAAGAAUUUGCUGCAUACAUUAAGCAGAGAGGUUAUGACCUUCACGAUGUGAAGGCUUAUGGACAGAUGCUCGAGAAUGCUGGUUUUCAUGAUGUCAUUGCCGAAGAUCGCACUGAACAGUUCCUGAGUGUUCUGCGAAGGGAGCUAGCUGAAUUUGAGAAGAACAAAGACGCUUUCUCGGCAGACUUCACCCAGGAGGAUUAUGACGACAUUGUGAACGGCUGGAACGCGAAGCUGAAACGGAGCUCUGUGGGUGAGCAGAGGUGGGGGCUGUUCAUCGCGACCAAGUGAUUGAACCUGGACGCAGAGGACCUUCAGAAUAAGAGUGGAUGCUGCUGUGUUGUUGUGUCUCUGCUUCUGGAUCAGUGAUUGAACCUGGACGCAGAGGGUCUUCAGAAUAAAACUGGGUGCUGUUGUGUUGUUGUGGCCAUGCUUCUGGAUUUGUUGUGCUGCAGUUAGCUAAAAUGUGCACCCAAAUUAGUAGAACGUGUAUUGUUCGUUUUAGUCCAUGCGAUGUGAUGCACGGGCUCUCGUUGAGCUCUAGUAAGAUUCUGUUGGGAGUCCAUGCCAUUUGGGGUGUUCAAUUCAGAUGUGCUUUGCUA